AUGCGCCACCAGAACAUCGAGUUCGGCGAAGCCCUCCGCAUCCUCGCGCAAAAGGCAGGCGUCGAGCUCUCGCAGGCGAGCAAGCAGGACAGCGACAAACGCAGCAAGCUCCACGCCGUCAACCGACUCGCCGCAUCCUGGUAUCAGGAGCGCCUUAAAUCGUCCGAAGGCGCGGCAGCGAUGGACUACCUCAAACGCCGCGGCGUCAGCCCCGAGAUGAUCGACACCUUCCAGCUCGGCUAUUCUCCCAACAGGGGGAAUCCUCUGAAAAACUACCUAUCCGGGAUGGGUGCGUCCGAGGCAGACGCGAUAGAAGCAGGUCUCAUCUACCGCAAUGACGAAGGCAGAACAUGGGACUUCUUCCGAGACAGGCUCAUGUUCCCCAUCCACGACAGGCAAGGCAAUGUCAUUGGCUUCGGUGGACGCCAACUCACCGAUCCCGCGCCCGACGCUCCCGGCUACAAUCCCAAAUACAUCAACACGGCGGCCACCCCCAUUUUCGACAAGCGCAGCUCACUCUACGGCAUACACCGCGCCCACUCAGCCAUCCGCGAGUCCAACACCGGAAUCAUCGUCGAAGGUUACAUGGAUGCCAUAGCAGCCCAUCAGUACGGCUACACCAAUGUAGUCGCCUCUAUGGGCACCGCCCUGACCGAAAAUCAAGUCUCCCAGCUCAAGUCCCUCGCCACCAACUUCAUCCUCGCCCUCGACCCCGACACCGCAGGGCAGGAAGCCACGCUGCGAAGCCUCGAAGCAUCCUGGAAGGUCAUCGGCGACCAGUCCGCUUCACGCGGUCGCUCGCAGGGAAUCCUCUACCAGCGCGAUCCCCAUCACCCUCAGCAUAGCCGCGCUCCCCGAAGGCAAAGACCCUGA